AUGUCUCCUCAAUCCCUCAAGAUCGCAGUCAUCCCUGGCGACGGCAUCGGCGUCGAGGUCAUGCCAUGGGGUAUCAAGAGUCUCGAAGCUGUCGCCAAAAUCUUCGAACUUACGCUGGAGUUUGAGUGGUUCGACUUUGCCAGCUGCGCAUACUACCACAAGCAUGGGCAGAUGAUGCCUUCGGACUGGAAGGAGAAGCUUCUCAAGUUUGACGCCAUCUACUUCGGCGCUGUGGGCAUACCAGACCAAGUUCCCGACGAUGUCUCUCUCUGGGGUAGCUUGCUCAAGUUCCGCCGCGAGUUCGACCAAUACAUCAACCUGCGUCCCUGUCGUCUGAUGCCCGGCGUCACCUCUCCCUUGGCCAAUCGGAAGCCAGGCGAUAUUGACUUCUGGAUUGUUCGUGAGAACACCGAGGGCGAGUACAGCAGUAUUGGCGGCAAAAUAUUUGAGGGAACCGACCGGGAGACUGUUAUCCAAGAGACUGUCAUGACUAGAGUUGGUGUUGACAGGGUUCUUCGUUAUGCGUUCGACCUCGCUCAAAGCCGUCCUCGCAAGUGUCUCACAAGUGCCACCAAGAGCAAUGGUAUCAGCAUAUCCAUGCCUUAUUGGGACUCUCGUGUGGUAGAGAUGGCGAAGAACUAUGAAGAUGUCCAGGUUGACAAGUACCACAUCGAUAUCCUCACUGCCCACUUCGUACAACGCCCAGACAUCUUUGACGUUGUCGUUGGAAGUAAUUUGUUUGGCGACAUUCUAUCGGACUUGGGACCUGCUUGCACAGGUACUAUUGCCAUUGCUCCUUCAGCAAACAUCAACCCAGAUGGCAAGUUUCCUAGCUUGUUCGAGCCGGUGCAUGGCAGCGCACCCGACAUCGCUGGCAAAGGCGUAGCCAAUCCUGUUGGAAUGAUCUGGGCUGGUCAGAUGCUGCUCCAAUACUUUGGCUUUACGGACGCUGCAAGCUUGGUACUGAAGGCCAUUGAGAACGUGUUGGGACGCGCAGAAGCCGCGGUUUUGACCCCAGAUAUGAAGGGCUCAGGCAACACGACGGCGUUUGGAGCAGCUAUUGAGGCGGAAAUUGUGGCACUGGGGGAGAGGAAGUGA